UGACAGAGAAGCUGUGGUAUAGCACCCGAGUCUACAACCAAUUGCAGUGGCUUAAUAUUUGAUGCAUGAAUAUUAGGUGCGUUCCCUUUCCUUUCUUCAGGGGGCAUAUCAAUCUCUUCAUCAUCAUCAUCUCAUUGUGUGCCUGCUGUUUGGUGCACUUUCUCUUCGACAAUUGAUCACACGCGGGACUUGAUACAGUGCAGCGAGCAACAGCUUGAAAUAACAUUUGUCGCCAUUGUUAUAUUUCAAGAAAACGUCAUCUCUUCAUCGUAAAAAAUAAAAAAGAUACACAACAAGGCAUCCCUUAACGGUUGACUAGAAUACAACAUCAUGGAAAACUUUAUUGAAAAUGUAUCUGGGUACUCCAUGUGGGAUAUCCGAAAUGCCAUCGAGAAAGUGACCGCAAAGGUUAUGAACUACACGGAGAUGGAACAAAAGGUCAGGGAGGCCACUAGCAACGAUCCCUGGGGUGCAUCUGGCACUUUGAAGCAAGAAUUGGCGCAGGCCACUCAUAACAUUCAAUAUUUUAAUGAGAUUAUGCCGGCCAUUUUCAAGCGGUUUGCGGAAAAGGAGCCUCGUGAGUGGCGUCAGAUCUACAAGUCUCUUGUUCUCCUGGAAUAUCUGGUUACGCAUGGUUCAGAACGUGUUGUGGAUGAGGCUCGUGGCCAUAUUUCCACUAUCAAAGUGCUCCGUAACUUUCAAUAUGUCGACGACAAUGGAAAGGAUGAGGGCAUUAAUGUUCGCAAUCGUGCCAAGGAGUUCGCCGAGAUGCUUAGCAGUGUGGAUCGUAUCAAGGAGGAACGUAAGAAGGCCAAGGCGAACCGUAACAAAUAUGUAGGAGCUGAGGGCGGAGGCUUUGCAGGAACUGGGUCCCGGUUUGGAGGAUUCGGAAGCGAUAGUUAUUACGAUGGCGGUUCCGGUGGAUACGGCGGAUAUUCUGGCAGCGGAUCUGGUUCUUCAUAUAGAUCCAGCGACCGUUACACUGAUCGUGGAAGCAGCAGUAGAUCCGGGCGAUAUGAUGAUGAUGAUCUGGAUUCGCCCAGUUCUCCACCUGCUCGUCGUAACCCUCGUAGGACUGACAGAACUGAAACUCCAAAGGUCGUUCCAAAGCCUGAACCUGUCAAAGAGGUGAAUUUGUUUGAUUUCGACGAGCCAGCUGCGGCUCCUCCUUCAAAUCAGAACGCUUUCGGCUCAUCUGCAUCCAAACCUGUUGAUGAUGGAUGGGGUGCAUUACAGUCAGCUACUGAUGAUUUCGACGAUUUCCAGAGUGCACCCCCAGUUGAACAAAAAACGCAAUCUCAGACCUCUGCAUUCCCAGCAUACAACCCUACCAUGACCUCUGCUCUUCCUCCUGUAAGGGCAAACAGCACCUCGAGCAAUAUCAGUGGCACCUUUGGAGGCCUCAACUCCAAGCCAUCUGGUGGCGCAGCAGCGUUCGACCUUCUUGGAAGUAGUCCUGUUAAGAGCAACACAAUGGCAUCCUUCAGCAGUGGCGCUAUUCCUCCAAUGUCAGCGAAUUCAACGACGCCAAGCAAUUCAAGACCAAAUUCAUCCUUCUCUGCGCCGGCCAAUAAUAACAACAACAACAAUGCAUCGGCUUCCAACCCUAACGAUAUCUGGGCCAAUGCAUCAGGAUUGAUUUCAUUGGAUGGCCUUGGAAAGACAAAGACCAAGGAGGCAGCACCGUCCAUGAAUACUUUGGCGGCUAACUCCUGGAAUUCAGGCGCUUGGGCCAGCAAACCCACGACACCUGCAGCCUCGAACCAGAACACGAUGGCAUUUGGUAAUUUUGGAGGCAUGUCUGCCUCCAACAACAACCAGCCAGCAAAGAAAGUCAAUAACUAUGACUUUGAUGACUUGUUGUCGUAAUUCGUUUGCCUCUUGUUUUGUUUUCUAUUUUUGUAUCUUUUCUAAAUUACCCCAUAUCCGGCAUACAGAAUUUACAUAAUGCUGAUUAGGAUGGCUGUUGAGGUGGUUCACAGUGGAAAAUAAAAUAAUACGUGC